UUCACCAUGGCCGAACGACGCAUAUUCUCCCGUCGAGAGAUCGAAGGCCUCAUCGCCAAUGGCGAAACUCUCGUCAUCUAUCAGAACGAUGUCCUCCGCCUCAACGCAUGGCAGCAGAUUCACCCCGGUGGUCGGCUGGUCAUUCAGCACAUGGUUGGCAGAGACGCAACAGAUGAGCUCAGCAUAUCCCACUCCAUACCGACCCUCAAGCGCAUGAGCAAGUUCCGCAUCGGCCGAGUCGAAGGUGAUUGGGAGAACUUUGUGCCGCCGAUCCAAGGCGGAGAGUUCAGGAAAUGCGCAGACAAGGAAUCGAAAGAAUCGUAUGCAACGACCAAGGGCUCGGAGAUAUUGAGUGAGGCAUCGAUGGUGGACAUGACGCCUGGGACCUACACAACGAAUGAGAUCGAGAAGGAGAUUGCGGCCGAUGUUGCCAAAUACCCCUCGCUGGAUGCCGCGACACAACGCAAUAUCACUCUCAGGUUCCGCGCACUUCACCAGCGUGUGCUCGAUGAGGGAUACUACGACUGUCGUUACAUCGAGUAUGGCAAGGAGAUGGCGCGGUAUUGCACAUUGUUUGCGCUCUUCAUCUUCUUCCUGAAGAUGGAGUACUACACCGUCUCCGCUUGCUUCUUGGGUCUCUGGUGGCACCAAAUCAUGUUCACCGCCCACGAUGCAGGCCACCGCGGUAUCACACACAACUUUGUGGUCGACUCCUUGAUUGGAAUCUUCAUUGGCAACUUCUGCUCCGGUCUAUCGAUCGGUUGGUGGAAGUCAUCGCACAAUGUCCAUCAUUUCGUGACCAACGAUCCAGUUCACGACCCGGACAUCCAAAACGUGCCCCUCUUUUCCACCUCACCCGCCUUCUUCACCUCGAUCAAAUCCUCCUACUACAACCGCUUUCCCUUCAUCUGGGACGCCGCCGCCGACUUCGCUGUCCAAUACCAAAAGUACACCUACUAUCCCAUCAUGGCCGUCGCGCGCUUCAACCUCUACUUCCUCUCCUGGACUCACCUCAUCUCCCGACGCACCAUCACGAAAGGCAGCGCAGCCUGGACCCGCCCGACCGAAAUCGCCGCCAUUUGCUGCUACAUCACCCUCUACUUCUACGUGCUGCUCUACCGCAAUAUCCCAACUUGGUGGUACCGCGCCGUGUUCCUGCUCGUCAGCCACCUCAUCACCAUGCCGCUGCACGUGCAGAUCACCCUUUCGCACUGGGGAACCAGCACCUCCGACCUGGGACCAAGUGAAGCGUUCGCUCAACGCCAGUUGCGGACGACGAUGGAUGUCGCCUGUCCGGAGUGGUUGGACUUCAUCCACGGCGGACUACAAUUCCAAGCCGUGCACCACCUCUUCCCGCGCGUUCCACGUCACAACCUCCGCAGACUACAAGCGCUCGUAAAAGACUUCUGCGAGGAGACGAAGAUUGAAUACCUGAUUCUGGGAUUCCUGGACGGCAACAAAGAUGUGUUGAGCAAAUUACAGCAGGUCACGGAUCAGGCGAAGAUGAUGCUGGCUUGUCAGAACCACAUGGCCAAGACGGGCGAGUCUGGACUUCACUAG